AUGACUCGAUUAAUCGCUGUGGUCAUCCUCGCACUUCUUGCUGGUCAGUUUGGGACGGUAAUGUUGUAUUUUCUUAACGUCCUGGAAGUCAUCCUACUCGUACUUUACUAAAAAUAAACUUCUGAAACAUUUUUUCUGGGUUGUAUAUCAGUUCCCCGUUAAUUAAAAUAACUUACCCCUACCUACUUCCUUUUUAACGGGCCCCGGGCUAUAAAUCGUCCCCACCUCCUUUCUUAAAACUUUGCAAGCUUUGUAAUAACAGCGACUUGACCCUAUCAUAUUUUAGUGUCUGUGUCCGCGACACCCUGCACGUUUGUCACGAACGGACAGCAAAUCACCUACGGAGUACGUGGCAGUACCAUUCACUUCCGUGUCGUCCUCACCGGAAUCGCGCCAAAUGGCUCCGGAUGGACAGCGAUCGGGUUCGGUAACAGCAUGGUGGGUGUAAUUUUUUCGUCUUUUGUCUGCCAUGUCCAGUGGCACGUCGUAAAGUGGUCAUGAAAAAAAGAAAAAGAAGGAGAUGGAGAGAGACACGCGUUCAGUCAUCAUCAUAGAUAAUAGUGUCAAGAAAAAGGCAAAAAUAAGACAAUGAAGCACCGUCUUUUGACCUUUCAUACAUCAUUGAACCAAAACCAUUUUAGAAAGCGUUUUGUUUUAGAGCGAUCAAUUCCAUUUCAUUCUGUUCUCGUUUACUUUACAACAGGCACCGACCUAAAUACACUAACCUAUCCCUGAUUCGAUCUAAUUUGGACUAAGAGACCAAUUAACGGGCUGGCAAACAGAAACGAAUAAAAAGAAGAAGAUAGAAAGAGAAGAAAAGUAGAGUCGAGUCAAGUUCAGAAAGUUUCGUUGUGAUUCGGUACACUUUACAGUUCUCUGGUCUCGAUGUGAUCGUGGUUCGUGUCCUGAAUGGAAGAGUGAUUGUCACCGACGAGUUUGUCCGUGGAUUCCAGUCACCUCAACCGGAUAGGGUAGGCAUUGUGAACUUUUACUUGACCAAAUUAUAUUGUAGAUCAACAAUGUGCAAGUGUACGGGCUCCGCUAUGAGAAUGGAGUUGUGGUGGCCUCCUUCUCCCGAUCUGUUUUCUCGACCGAACAACAAGAUGCCAACCUCUCGGGAUGCUCGCCAUGGAAGGUACAGUAGCCUGUCAAUGACUAUUUCAAAUUGAAAACAUAAUUUCAGUUCUCGGUCGGUAUGAAUGGGAUGAGUCCCCAAGGUCAUUUGUUCCAUCACGCGCAAACGCCAGUGCAUCGUGUGGUGUGCAUCAAUCAAUGCACCGUCUAA